AUGAUACUCAGUUUAACUUCGGCACACCUUGCCGAAUCUGGAUCUAGAACAUUGCACCAACCCGUAAAAAGGCAGGUAGGAAAACAAAAAGUCUCCCCCCGUUGGAUGUGUACACGGGGAGCGGGCCGGGCACGUAGCCCCCCCCCCCCUGUCCUGUCCUCGAGGGGCUCGGAGCUGUAUAAACACAUUUUCUCUCAAUUAGGAGGAAAAGUAGGCUGGGCCCUCCCACAAGGACGGGGAGUGAGGAGGGAGUGA